UCUCCACUAACGACAUGAGUGGUACAGUCAGUACAUGUCCUGCAGGCCAUUGAUAGUCACUGGCUGGUAGUACGAUAACAGUGUCACAACAUCUUAAGAAAUCUAUUAUAACCCGCUCCGGCCCCGGUACUGCAGCCAUCACUCUCGCGAUACUACUAUAUAAUUCCCAUUGCUGCACAUCCCAUUCGCCUUGAGAACAUACAUCUGGGUAUCACAGCCUUUCAGCUCACCUCGCUUAUCUCAUUAUGUUGAACAUACCAGGCAUCUGCUUAGAGAAAUACUCUCUUUCCCUCCAAAAUGGUUUCCUUCCCGACAUUUCUCCUCUACAGCAACUAUCUGACCCAUAUUAUCUGCCAUGGGAGAACAUCGUUGCCGACCUGCCAUCUCAAAUCGAACGGAGAGUGAUAAGACAUGCGGUAGAGAAGAUGCCAGUCCUCAGUACAAGCAGACUAGGGUCCGAGCCGGAAUGGAGGAGAGCAUACGUUGUACUCGCUUACCUCACUCACGCCUACAUUUGGGGAGGAGAUAAACCCAGUGAGGUGCUACCACCCUGUAUUUCACGGCCCUUCGUCGAGGUGUCGAAACAUCUAGAACUCCCACCUUGUGCAACGUACGCAGCUCUCAACUUGUGGAAUUUCAAGAUCUCACAAGGUCAUACCGACCUAACCAAUCCCGACAACUUGGCUGUCGUCAACUCUUUCACCGGAACCAAAGACGAAGAGUGGUUCUUCAUGCUUUCGGUGGCACUCGAGGCCAAAGGGGCACAACUGAUACCGCUUAUGACCAAUGCCAUUCAGGCAGUCAGUGUGGAUGAUGCUGUGUUGGUCAGAGCACAUCUUGACCAGCUGAGUGAUGGCCUUGUAGAGCUCGGCGAGCUUCUGGAGAGGAUGUAUGAGCACUGUCAGCCAACAGUGUUCUAUCAUCAAUUACGUCCCUUCCUAGCAGGUAGCAAGAAUAUGGCAGUUGCUGGACUGCCCAGGGGUGUCUUUUACGACAUGGGAGACGGCAAAGGUGAAUGGCGUCAGCACAGUGGCGGCAGCAAUGCACAGAGCUCUUUGAUACAAACGUUUGAUAUAUUUCUCGGUGUGGUACAUCAUGCCACGGGAGAAGCAAAAAGCUCCGACGGGAAACCCCCAGUUGCUUCAAAGACCGGUUUUAUCGAGUACAUGCGUAACUACAUGCCAGGCCCUCAUCGUCGCUUCCUCGAAAUGAUGGUCCAGACAGCCAACGUUCGCUCAUACGCCCUGAGCUACAAGGCUGGCUCGCCUGUCCGGGAUGCAUACAACGGAGCCGUGAUGUCACUGGGACGAUUCCGCGACAAACACGUCAAGAUGGUUACACGAUACAUUAUUGGACCUGCACGGUCGACACCCCCAAAAGAGACUUCGUCGCAGAUCAACCUGGCGACUAGCACAUCCAUCCGCAUGGAGAGCUGGAAUGGACAAGGGGUCACUAACGGUGUCCACGGCACUGGAGGAACUGAUCUGAUUCCGUUUUUGAAGCAAACACGAGACACAACCAAAGCUGCAGCUUGCUAUUCAGAUUAACUGUGACAAUCGCGAAGCAAGAGGCAAGCCCAACUGUAGAACCUACUUGUUUAGAGCAUUAGAACAAUAUUAUCUUGGAUGUAC